UCGACGGACGGACGGACAUAGAUAAAUAUACCGGCGCACCACCAUUUACAGUUUGCCUAGCAGCAGCAGCAGAUCAGCAAUGGCCGCCCAUGCAGCUCUCGCCGCCACCCGCAUCCCCACCAGUGCCCGGCUGCACAGCAGGGCCGCCUCCAAGCAGAGGGUGGACUUCGCCGACUUCUCUGGGCUGAGGCCGGGAUCGUGCUCCGUGAGCGCCGCAGCGAGGGAGACGUCCUUCUCCGAUGUCCUCGGCGCUCAGCUCGUAGCCAGGGCUUCCGGGGAGAACGCUGUGAGGGCUCCGGCAGAGGCGAAGCUGAAGGUGGCGAUCAACGGGUUCGGCCGCAUCGGCCGCAACUUCCUCCGGUGCUGGCACGGCCGCGAGAACUCCCCGCUUGAGGUCGUCGUCAUCAACGACAGCGGCGGCGUCAGGAAUGCGUCCCACCUGCUCAAGUACGACUCCAUGCUCGGCACCUUCAAGGCCGACGUGAAGAUCGUCGACAACGAGACCAUCAGCGUCGACGGCAAGAACAUCCAGGUCGUCUCCAACAGGGACCCGCUCAAGCUGCCAUGGGCCGAGCUCGGCAUCGACAUCGUCAUCGAGGGUACUGGAGUGUUCGUCGACGGCCCCGGCGCCGGGAAGCACAUCCAGGCCGGCGCCAAGAAGGUCAUCAUCACCGCUCCGGCCAAGGGCGCCGACAUCCCGACCUAUGUGAUGGGUGUCAACGAGGGAGGUUACGACCAUGACGUGGCCAACAUCGUCAGCAAUGCUUCCUGCACAACCAACUGCCUUGCCCCAUUCGCCAAGGUCUUGGACGAGGAAUUCGGAAUCGUGAAGGGAACCAUGACCACCACGCAUUCCUACACCGGCGACCAGAGGCUGCUCGACGCGUCCCACCGUGACCUGCGGAGGGCCAGGGCCGCCGCGCUGAACAUCGUGCCGACGAGCACCGGCGCCGCCAAGGCCGUCUCCCUGGUGCUGCCCCAGCUGAAGGGCAAGCUCAACGGCAUCGCGCUCCGCGUGCCCACCCCCAACGUCUCCGUGGUGGACCUCGUCAUCAACACCGUCAAGAAGGGCAUCACCGCAGACGACGUGAACGCGGCGUUCCGCAAGGCCGCCGACGGGCCCAUGAACGGCAUCCUCGGCGUCUGCGACGAGCCGCUCGUGUCAGUCGACUUCAGGUGCUCCGACGUGUCCACCACCAUUGACGCCUCGCUCACCAUGGUCAUGGGCGACGACAUGGUCAAGGUCGUCGCCUGGUACGACAACGAGUGGGGUUAUAGCCAGCGUGUGGUCGAUUUGGCGCACCUGGUGGCGAGCAAGUGGCCGGGUGCGGAGACGACGGGCAGCGGCGACCCGCUGGAGGACUACUGCAAGACCGACCCGGCCGCCGAGGAGUGCAAGGUGUUCGACUGAGCUCAGCUCAGUGUCAUGUCUUGGCGUACGUAAGGAGGUCUCACCGAGGCUGUUCAGAAGAUGCAACGAAGCACGUACAAACUAUUAUCCUCUAUAUAUAUCAGGAAUCGGGCAGGAUAGACGAUUCUACCGUUCUUGGAUUCGCUGCCCGUGUUUUGUUCAUAGAGAAAAUAAUAUUGUUGGCGGAAUGAGCCAUUUCUAUGAGGUGUACUGAACUUAAUUGAAACAUAUGUGUCACCGUUUCUCUCGA